UUCUACCGUCAACAAAAUUUGGUCCCGAGAUGUGUUGUUAUAUCAUAAUUCCCUUGCAUCGAAUUUUAUAGUUGACCACAUUUUCACAAAUAAUAAGCAAUAUUUUCUCCUAUCUAUUUACAUAUUUUUACAGGUUAAAGCAAAAAUGAUUUGUCCGUUGUAUGUGUCAUCGGGUUUAUGUGUCAUUCCCCCUUUUAAUCAAUUCAUUCCCUUCCCCCACAUAUUUCUUAUGGCCACUACUUUGUCCAUCAUCCGAUUACCCUCUUUAAUUUUCACAAAACAGAAACUAAAAAAAUUAUUUCUUUUACACUUUUGA